CAACUCACACCCGCGCAAAAAGAACACAUGCACUUGUAUGCACUUGUGCAUGAAAGAUGACAUCAUCCCAUAAUCACCAAGCAUCUAAGACACCCUUGGCGACACCCGGUGGAAACGCUCCGCGCGGUGCCCGGCGAGUCUGGUCACCGGCCGGUCUGCAGAGCUCAUGGAGGGCUUUACCGUGGAGCCCGAAGCGACCCAGAGCGAGGAGCGCUCGCCACAGCAUUUCGAUCUCUCGGCUGAGGACCAGGAGGGGGAGAAGCAGCAACAUGGUCGAACCUCAAGCUUUGAGCAGGCCUUCAAUCAGUCGCCGAGCAUGGCUUCGGGUGAUUCAGGUGAAGAUAGUUUGCAGCAAGUCCGGGAGAGGCUGAGAUUCUUGAGCGUCGAGGAUCAGAAGACCGUGUGUCGGCGAGAGUGCCAAUUGGCCCAACAACAGCAGGAGGCGCUUCAGCGUCAGAUGCAGCAGACCAUCGAGAGGUAUCGCCGCGUGGUGCAGUUGCACGAGGCGGUGGACCAGACGAGCGGCGACCGCGUGGACCCGGAGGUCCAACAGAAGUGCCAGGAGCGGAUCGAACUCUUAGAAGCCAUGUGGAGCAAGCUCUGUAGCGAGCCGCCGGUGUCCUCGCAGAUGUCUCCCAUGGAACGAGCCAAGGGCUUUGCUUUCUCAUCCUACGCCACCACGGCCAAUGCGGCCAACAAGCUCAAGGAGGGUACCGGCCCAGUCUUGGAGAACGCCCGGAGCGCCUUCGCAUCCCUCACGUCUCGCUUCUCAAGGAGGGAACCCGUCCCAGGCUUGGCCAACUGCUUCACCCUGCGGUGUCCCAGGCGCCUCGCCGCCUAGGCUUUGGGUAUAGGAGGCUACCCAGAAGCUGCAGAUGCUUGAGCUGUGGCUUGUGAACCGCA